AUGAUCUAGUUAUAAAUAUAUGAAGAAGUUUAAUAAAAGAAAAUUACUUAAAAAUACCACAUCAAAUUGGUAUAUUAAUUAAGAUAAAUUUAUAAAAGGCAGAUUUUGUCAAAGGUCCAAAAGAUAAUGAAAAAACUCUUAUUCCAUAGCAACUAAUGUGUUUAAUUUAGAAUCAAGAUCUUCAACAUGGAUAUAUGUUGGCGAAAAUUCUUUCACCAUUAAUUACGCAGGAAUUAUUUAUUAAUCAAAUUAAUAAAUUAGAUUUAAAAAAAUACAAUAAUAAUGCAGGCAAAGUCGUUUUUGAUAGUCAAAGAGACAUAAUUGUUAUUUAGACUAUGAUUUAUAUAACAUACUUUAUAAGAUAGCAUACUGAACUAUUAUUUUAUAUCGCUAAAUUGAUUCUUGAUAAAUAAUUAUUAAUGAAUUAAAUAUACUUAAAGCCACUUGAUGAAACUUGUGAUAAUCCACAGUUACAUGAGGCUACUAAAUUAUUUCUUACGAUGAACAAGGAGAAUCAUACAAGAGAAGAAUUGCACUACAUUUUAUAGAAGAUGGAAGAACUGCCCUACUUUAAACAAUUUGUUUUGGAGAAAUUGUAGAAAGGAACACAGAGGAAUGACAUUUUGGAAGUACUCUUAUGUGUAAUAAUCUUAGUUGUGUUCUCGUUUGAGGAUGGAAUACUUUAAAGGAGGGGAAGUGUUGUUCUAAGAGAAUGAUACAUCAAAUGAUAAGCUUUAUAUGAUAUAAUAUGGAGAAGUUAUGUUGAUGAGGUAGAAAAAGAUGGAUUAGUUGAUGACUUUGUAAAGAUAGAAUUCAGAACAAGUUCAAUAACCAUAACUAAAAAUUGCUUAAAUUCUAAAUGCCAAGAAGUUUACAAGCAAAAUUAUAAGACAUCAUAACUUUCAUAAGGAGACAACUAUUUCAAAGGAGGAGAAACAAUAAAUGGAACACAAAUAUGGAGAAUGUAUAAGAUUGUUGGGAGUGGGUACAGGAUUUGGAGAGAAAGCUUUGGUUGAGAAUAUUCCUAGAUCUUUAACAGUAGCAUGUUAUAGUCAUGAGUUAUUUGUGAUAGUUUUGAAGAAGGAUGAUUUUAUUACUUAUUAAAUGACAUUUGAAAAAACAAAGAAGGAGAAAUAGUAGUUAAUGUUCAAAAUAUUCAAAAGUAAAGUGAAUAAUUAAGUAUUAUAGAUGUGAAUAAUGAGUAUUCAUCUUAGAGAUUGGAAAGCAUGAUAUAUAGUUGUUAGACAAUCACAUACGAUAGAGGGACUCAGUUGGCUACUGAGGAUGAGGAAGGUGAUGCAUUCUAUUUGGUGAUCAACGGAGAUUUGACAUUAUAGAAAAAAAUAGAAAAUCGAAAUGUCUCUCUAUGUAUAAUAUCCUCAGGACAUUUGAUGGGCGAAGAAAUUAUAAUCAAUAAGACUGGUAUGUACGAAUAUAGUUGUACAGUGACAUCCUUAUUGGCUACGGUGAUUGUGAUAGAUGCAAACGAAUUUAUUCAUAAGUUUCCUGAAGAAUGUAGAUUGCAAUUGAUAGAGGAUUAUGGUCCAAAGACUGCUAAUAGAUAGAGAUUGUUGUAAUUAUUGUUGUAGAAGAGGAGAUCAUAGAAUACAUCAAACAAAUAAUUGACAAAUGAAUAGGUAAGAUUAUUGACAGAAAUAGAUGAUGUGGUAAUUGAUUAGAAUAAAAAUCAUAUCAUUGAAAGUUUGAAGAAAUAAAAAGAUGUUUAAUUGAAUCAGCAUUUCCUAACUACAUAUUCAAAUCCAAGUGUUCAAAACUAUUGCAUUGCUAAAAUAAUCGACAGAGAAAAAACAUUUCAUAAAUUAAUAAAGAGUUGUGAAUUUUAAGAGUUUGACUUUGGUAAUGGCAACAAUGACAUUAUUAAGAGAAGAAGAUUUAUGUUAGAAAAUAAAUUAAAUUUGAAGAAACCAAAUGAAAAUUAUUUGAAACCCCAAUUCCAUAUUCUUCCUCUAACAGUUAAGAGAGAUCUAAUCAAAAACUUCAGAGUCAACAAUAAGAAAAAUGUUUGUUAUUCUAAUUUGAAUAUUAAGACACUCACAAAAGUGUAACCGAAUAAGAAAUAAUCACCUUUGAAAAUAAGGGAGUUGAUGACUGCUAGACCUUCGCAAUAGCAAUGUGAUAGUUAUAGUACCCAUAUGUUUACUUAGAUUGAUGACAGACAAUCACUUUGA